CCGUCUUUGGCGACGCGCCAUCUGCCUGCUUCGCCGUGCAGACGACGUUAUAUGGUCGGUAACGGUUGGACGAGUGGCCCCGUGCUGCGAACGCGGGCGAGAACGCUGCACGUUCCCGUCCCCGCCGCCGCCGCCGUCGCCACCGAGAGCCCGACGCAGGGCGGCAAGCCGUUCGACAUCCUCUUCUUCGGGCGCGACGAGUUCUCGUGCACGGUCUUCGAGGAGCUGCACAGAGCGACAGAUGUAUGGAGCAGCGUGAAGAUUGCGACCCAGCCAGACGCGAAGGUCGGCCGUCGGGGAUCGCAGUUGUCUGUCUCGCCCUUGAAGACCCUCGCCGCCUCCCUAGGCGUCGCCGUGCACGAAAUCCCUCGCGCCAAACGCGACUUCCGGACGUGGCAGCUGCCCGAGCCCUUCCGCCCCUCGCCUCCGCCCCCCGCAACGCACCUGCUCGUCACCGCCUCCUUCGGCCGCAUCCUCUCCCGCGCCCACCUCUCCGCCUUCGCCCCCGGCCGCCGGCUCAACGUGCACCCCUCCCUGCUCCCCGCCUACCGCGGCCCCGCCCCGAUCCAGCGCGCGCUCCUCGACGGCGCGCGCACCGCGGGCGCGUGCGCGAUCGAGAUGACGGAGCGGCGCGACGGGAUCGACGCCGGCGACGUCUGGGGGCACCGACGCGUGACGUUACCCGACGGCCACUUCGCCCACGCGCGCGACCUGCUCGCGCGCGAAGGCGGCGCGCUCCUCGUCUCCGUCCUCCGCGACAUGCUCGCCGACCGGGCCACCGCCGUCCCCCAAUCCUCGCUCAUCCCGCGCGCCCCGGCCAUCACCGCCGCCGACGCCGCCGUCGACUUCCGCACCAUGUCCGCGAGCGACAUCGUCCGGAUCCACGACGCCAUCUCCCACCAAAAACCACUCACGACGCACAUCCACAUCGCCGACUCCCACCCGCGCACGCUCCAACUACACGACCCCGCCACCCUCCCCCUCUUCCCUUCCCCCACCCACCAAGAUCGUCUGCCCCCCACCGCACCGCCACCACCACCGGGCACGGCCCUAUACGCCCCCCACGACCGCCGGCUCGCCAUCGCCUGCGCGCGCGGCACCGUGCUCGGCGUGUCCGCGCUCAAGCCGCAAGACCGCGCGCUCGUGUCCGCGAAAGACUGGUGGAACGGGCUCCGGCCCGACGUCCCCCGCGGCGUCGACGGGAGCGUGCUCCUCGGAUCCUAAUAAAAGGCAUAUAUACCUUCUGCCUCUCCCAAGCGCGCGCGCGCUCUACAGCAAAUUUAAUCUUUUUUGGGCUCUGUGCUAUUGCUACGGAGUCUUGUGUGUUCUUCUUGCGUUGGGAGAGACGACAUUCGAAACGCCGCAGCUGGGCCGAGGUUCCCAUGUAGGCCUUACAUGCUUCACGGUCGCUGCCAACCCCUUUCCCAAUGCGACACGUGGAAAACUCGAUGAUGUGUCCUCGGUUGGCCUGCCGGGCGUGCUUCCGCCCUCGAUGAACAAAGCCCCUCCUUCUGGAGACUGGAGCAGGCAAACGUCCAGAAGAAACUCCGCUCGGACUUGUGUUUUUCGUGGGCGCACCGGAGCGGAGGUCACGUGCGGCGGUGCCGAUUCUUGGGCGGCAGAGGUCGCCACGUCGGCUCUUCGCUCUCGCGGCCAGAGUCGACGAAGAGGACUGCCCUCGGGGCUCGCUUUUCG